AUGUCUCGUAGCCCGCUCGAGAUGUUCUACGGCCUCUUCCUCCGCCCCUAUAUUGCGCGCAGCGCACCAGCGUCUUCGGGGAGUCAUGCAAGCGGAGACAACGGCACGAGUACUGUGCCAGUAGGGCCCAGUGAAUUGCAUAACGACAACGCGAGCCCGGGCGCGUUCGGCCUAGAUGGAGUGGUAGGAGCAACUGCCUUGCAGCACUCGAACGACACCGCUGUACCCGCCGCGGCCCACGGUGGUGAUCGUCGCGCCUUCGAAGGCGAGGAGCGUCUGCUCGAGCACCCACACGCGCCGCGCCAGUACCCACUGGAUCCAGGGAAGGAUGCAGAUGUGCUCGUCCUGCUGGCGCAGCAGUAUUCCAUCACCUCCGUAGUUAUUACCCACUACCGUGUUAAGGAGAACUACGUGGAGUACGUCAUCGAGUGCGUGCGCGGCCACUACGCCUGGCGCGUCUAUCGGCGGUAUCAGCAGUUUAAGGCGCUCGACCACGAUUUGAAGCAGCUCUGCAGCAGCCGGCACGGGUCAAGCCAUGGGGCCUACGGUGUUGUGCCGGUUCUUCCUGGCAGUCACUGGAUGGACGUGACGAACCAGAGCCCGGAGCUGGUGGAGCAGCGGCGCCGCUACUUGGAAAUUUACCUCCAGCAGCUGCUCGUGCCUAAAAAUCUCUUCUACGUUGCCCGAACUCAACUGUAUGACUUUCUGCACGAUGGGGAAGUGCCCACGCACCUGAGGCUCACUGGUAUUCAGCCGCUGCUGGGGUUGAUGAGCACGUGUACGGACUUAGUGAGCGAUGAGGGCGACAACGAAGCGAACUGUCACGAGCAGCAGGAGCCUACUAGUGUGACUGAAGGAGCGGUGGCAGCCGUGUCAGGAACCGGGGAAGACUCUGCACUUCCGCUUCCCACGUCGGACAGCACUUUCCCUGCUCUUCCAGCCGAUUGCGAGAGUCCCACACGAGUCACCUCGGGUGCCUCUUCUCCUGAGGCCCCCGGUAAUGCAAAGGGAGAGGUAAGCAGUCGGCGGGCCUCGGAUGCCACGGCAGUGGCAACCUCAUCAAUACCCGGCCACACGGUGGCCCUCGCCCCGAGCAGGGGGCCGUCGACGUUGCUCACCACAAGCGAGGCGUGCACGGACGUCCGCAAAACCAGUGUGGCAGCCGUGGAUGACGCAGACGAUGACGGGGAGGCGAACAGCUCGAAGGGGCAAUCAGAAAACGCGCACGACACGAACGAGGUGAUGCUGGUGGAACAAUCGCUUCACAGCCUCGCAUGCGGAGCGGCCUUUAUGGGAGCAUAUACCACGCCGGUGAGCUUCGCAGAUGAGCGGCUGCCACCAGCAUCGGCGAACUGCGCGCAAUGCAACGCCGAGUUCACCUCUUUCCUGUACCCGUGCCGGUGCUUUUUCUGCCUGGUCCAGUUUUGCUCUGCUUGCCUGCAGAAGCUGGUGGUGCUUGAAAGCGCGUCGGCGACAGCCGCGGACAGAAUCAACUCCGCGCGUGACUCGGUGCCGGAAAAAGCACCGUCGUCUGCCGAUGCAAAGGGUGCCGGGAGUGGUGUUCCUGCUUGCCGUCAGUGUGCGGAGAACUACAUUCGCCGUCUCGAUCGCUGCGGCACCGCGCCUGGUAGCGGCUUCUACAGGGGGAUGCAGUCAACGUUUGGCACGCCGGCCCAGUCUGGUUCGCCGGUGCCACUGGGCCGCCUCUCACAGUUGUCCCUCGCGGCGGGCUCAUCGCUCACCGUAAAUACGCGCAGCUGCGUAGGAGAGGAAAGCGGCCAAGUAAUGCAGCAGCAGCGUGUGAUCAACUCCACAUCGCCCAUUCCGUACUCCUCACUCUUGUCACCUCGAGGCUCCUUAGUCAGUCGCAGCGACAACCUGUCGCCUGUCGGCUUACAGGACUUUCAGCUACUCACCGUCAUCGGGCGCGGCACGUUUGGCAAGGUGCUCAAGGUGCAGCUGCGCGCAACGCACAAGGUGUACGCCAUGAAGAUCAUGAACAAGGCGACGGUGUACCGGCGGUGCAUGACGUCCUAUAUGAAGGAGGAAAAGACUAUUCUGACAAGCAUGCACCCGAACCCAUACAUUGUGCGAUGCCACUACGCGUUCCAGACAGAGUACUACCUCGUCUUGGUCAUGGACUACUUGCCUGGUGGUGAACUGUACGACUACAUCUAUCCCACGCUGCGCCUCUCUCCCGAGGCGGCGCGCAUCUAUGCGGCAGAGCUUGUCCUGGCGCUCGAGUGCCUGCACCGCCAGGAUGUGGUGCACCGCGACUUAAAGCCAGAGAAUGUUGUGCUGACGGCGGAUGGGCACAUCUGCUUGACGGACUUUGGCCUUGCUCGCCGCUCAUUUUCGCACAGCCGCCGGCGCAGCUUCGUCGGCAGCCCAGAGUACGUGGCACCGGAGAUGAUCCAGGGAGAGGUGCAGACGGCUGCAGUGGAUUGGUGGAGCUUUGGCGUGAUGCUGUACGAGAUGCUGGCCGGCAGGACUCCGUUCCACGCGCGCAACAACAACACCGUAUAUGACAACGUUCUUCAUAAGGAGUUAGAGCUGCCAGUUCUGCGCGCCGACGACAGCGCAGACGCUGCUGUAGCCACAGCGUCGCAGCCGGCUGUCGCCGAGGGCUCGCCCACGUUCAGAGGCUUUUCUCCGGACGCGGCGUCACUACUGACGGGCCUGCUUGCUCGAGAUCCGUCGAUGCGACUGCAGGACGCGAGCGCGAUCAAGCAACACCCCUUCUUCCGCGGCGUCAACUGGGAGGACUUGUGGCACCGUCGCAUGCCGGCCCCCUGCAUCCCCGGCGACAUGCGCGAUAACGACGUGCGGCACUUCAAGCGUGAAUUUGUGUCAGAAUGGGCCUCAGUGCCGCCCCUCACCAACAUGACGCGGGCCUCCAUAGAGGCACUCACGAAGUGCUUCAAUAACUUCCCGCUGAGCCGCACUGCCGCGCCUGCCGGGUGCGCACUGGUGGAGAGCACCCGUACACUUUUCACCUCCCCCGCUUCCGGCACCCCGUUGCCCGCCACUCACUCACCACAACAGCUGUACCGAGGCGCGCGAGUCUCGUCGCCCUCGCUAGCGCUUCCUCUGUCUGUGCUCGUCACUGACAGUCGGAUGGCUCGUGAGCCGGUGCGCUUCUUUCAUUCCAUGACCGAGGCGCAGCGGCACUUCCACGGCGUGUGGCGCGUCGUCUCUAUCGAGGUGCACGCUGUGGAUGACGGCCGGGUCAUCUUUCCGUGGGGUGGUAAUGUCUCAGGAAUUCUUGUAUACACUAGCGACAGUCGCUUCAGUCUCCAGCUGACGCCGAGCACCCGACUCCCCAUUGGGCCAGUGCAGCGUGUAACGCAGCUGUCGAAGGAAGACUUGUGCGACACUUACUGCUCCUACGUGGCGGUCUUUGGCCGCUUUCACCUCGCUCCCUCUUCCAUGGAUGACGGCUGCGGCGUCGUGCAGCACUUCGCGGAGGGGCACCUGUGCCCAAACCUGAUGUUUGUCAACACCAUUUUUGAGUACCGCACGGAUACCGAGCCGUUCUAUCCGUCGGCCAUCACGAACGAGUCAAAGAAUAAGGGUGGCAGCAAGCCCACCGGCGCCACCUCUUCCGCCGCGACGACGGCAGCCUCGGCUUGCACGUCGAGCAUGACAGGCGCAGAGGACGGCAGCGGCGGCGGUAGCCACGGACAGGUCAGCGACGGCGGCUCUCUCAGUGGGUCAGAGGGCGAGCGGGGUAAAGGGGAAAGGAGUGGCGAGAAGACCACCGUCUUUGGAUACGCCGACCAGCAACAUGACGAAGGUUCUGCGAGCACCACAGGGAGGCCGCCACCUUCGCCGCCGGUGCCUGAGCGCCGCAUCCUGCUACGUCUCUCGACCAGGCCGCAGCGUGUACCAGAGCAUGACUUUCUCGCCUUCACCUCUCUCGUUUUCGAGAAGGUGCCGUAG